AUGCGCAAAUUUCUAAGCUCUCUCAGCUUCAGGUCGAAGCCAGGGCGCUCGGAGGGACGUUCCUCGAGACACUCGGACGAUGAUUGGAAAAGGAGUCGAAGUGAGCGCGUCACUGUAGUUCUGAACACGCCAGACUCGGACUCGCCUCCCAAAUACGAGUGGGACGUUUCCACUCGUGACAACAGCCCCUCCGAUAUGAACCCGCGAAAAUGGGCAACGGAAGACGGAAGUGAUGCGGUCCUGCCCCCAAGAAUUCCCCGUGGCUAUUUACCGUCGACACAGUUUGGGCCCGUACUUCCGUCGUCUCAGGAGCCAUGUCAGACUGACGACCGGUAUCCUAAUAUCUCACAACGAGGAUCGCCUUUGGCUGGGACUUCCCAGAGUUCCCAGCCAUCACAGAUUUACCACAGAGCUGCCGCCUAUGCUCAAUUGACAGCCAACCAAUCUGCUCCAACCUUUCCUGUUCCUUCUAUUCCUAUCAUCAUACCCACCAUCAAUGGCCCACAAGCUCGAAGCUGCUCCCGGGCUUCCAACGACCACAGAGUUCGAAGCGGAUUUGGUCGCUCGAACACUCAAGAUACCAAUGGUUCUGAAGGCGAGGUCAGGGAAGUAACAGCCAAGCUUAAAGCCGUUCCAGCUUCCACUCUAUCGAUAGUAUCAUCAUCGAGUAGAGGUGUGGGCAGAUCAGGGUGGUCUUCGACAACAGAACAAUCGAACAACAUUCGGUCGCCCAUAUCAACGCCCCCCACAACUGUACCGACUAUGGCGUCAACCGGGAGCCCCACUGACAACAAACGAAUUCGAAGAGGUACAACACGGAUCUCUAGAAUGCCUUCACCUGCAACUAUUCCUCCUUGGCCUGUAGCCACCGAGCCGGAAAAGAUUCCUGCCAGCGUGCGUAGGGUGCGCGGUGCCGAUGCAGCUCAACAACGGGCGAAAGUGCCCUCCGAGUCGGAGUGGCAGGGACUGAAUCGCUAUCCGCCGCAGGGCGGGCGAAAUUCUCAGUCCAUUCUUGGGUCUAAACAGAUGGCCGAUCCCCAGGAAGACUUGACGAAGGUGACCAUCACAAGGCCAAGAGACUUCCAGUUAAUGGCCCACAGCGCCCGAGUACACCCACAUAGAACUACUGCGUUUGUGCCCUGCGACUCGAGGAGAAGGAUGCAAGCGACGGCUGAAAGAGACGUAGCUGACCAGCUGAUGAACGUAACUGUGACGAUUGGAGGAUGUAUCACCCAGCUAGAAAACAUCACCGACGCCGUCCAGAUGCAACGAAAGCGAUACGGGGGUAAUGGGUGGGGCCGCCGGGAUACCCUUAGCUCCCGAGAUUCUUCAGUACCAAACAUCUUUGUCGAAGCACCGACGCCGAAAACGCGUAGCUCCCUUGCAGGAAGCCUGACUAGAUCAAGAUACGAUUAUUGA